AUUGUGUUUAAAGAUAUCGAAAGAAAAUGUUUAAAUGUUUUGCUGCGAUAAUUGAGCACCAUAUUAGACCAACAAAUAGCACUGGUUUGGCGGACUUGAACUUGGAAGUAGUCAAAUGGAAUGCAGUACCUAUUGCGAUUCUUGGAGUCAUAUUCCUGAUAGGACUACCAGCAAAUUCUAUCAUGCUACACAUUUUUCGGACAGCUUUUAAGAGAACUGCAUACAGGCUAGUUUCAAUGUGGCUUGCGUCUCUUGGAUUGAUUAACGUUACAGUUAUUGUGCCCCUAACAGUCUGGCUCUUUUUGUGGGAGAUCGACCAUCCGUCUGAAAUACAGUGUAAAGUGGGCGCUUUUCUGUCAUCGUCUCUUAUUCUCUUCUGUCAUCUUGUACUAUUCGUUAUAGCAAUAGAGAGGUACCGGAAAGUAUUCUAUCCUUUUAUGUGGCAAAUUGAACAAAAGGAACUAAAUUUCUACCACGUUAUUCUGUUGCUCGUUGCCACAGCAGUGGCGUCGCCACAUGCUAUAUUUGUUGGACAUCGUACUGUUCCAACUGGGAUACAGGGUCUAAAUGCCACCUUCUGCUUCAUAUCCGAUAGCUAUAUCGAUUCCAGUGUGCCUACAGUUUAUUAUAUAAUACUGAACAUUCUUGCAUUCACAGUUACCAUGUUUAUUAUAACCAUGUACGGAAGAAUUAUCCACGUAAUUCGACAUUACAAAAAACAAGCGCAACGGAAUGAUGUAUAUCCCGAAUACGACCAAAACAAUCCCGUGUGCUUCUCAAGCGCUACCAGACUUCUGGAAACGAGGCGAACGACCAUUACCUUGUUCGCGUCGACAUUAACUUUCAUUAUGACGACAUUUCCAUCCAACGUUACUGCCAUGUUGCUCCUGUUCAAGACAGAUCUGUUCUGUUUCGCUGAAAAAACUUUGAGUAUUGUCAUCAGGGUAGCGGUGUGCACUCUUCUUCUUAACAGCGUCAUUAACCCGUGUAUCUACUUUUUCGCAGAUAUUCAUUUUCGAAGUGAAGUUAAACAGUUAUGCUCAAGGAUAAAGUCAAAUAAUCCGCGUCAGAGAUUUUAAGUUUAUUAAACACUUAAAACUGAAAUUUUCAGGAAA